AUGGGCCUCACCAUCAGCAGCAGGAGUCCGGCCAUGGCAUACUCAGAAGGAGGGAUCUGGUGCAGCACAUUCGACGAGAUGGGACGACGCUGCUGGGUUAACAACGUGACGGGACAGAGGACCUACCAGUUUAUCCGAGGGAGGCCCGUGACUCCCACUCAGCCGGCGGUGGCGUCACCGUACGUCGUCCAGCAGAGUCCAAUGCCGGGGCCGCACACCGCGCCCUGGGGUCUGCCGUCGCCGGGCUACCCUGCGCCUCCGCCGCCCGCUGUCGCCAUGGUCCCUUGCCAGGCGGGUUAUGGCGACGGUGCCCCCCCCGUCGCUCCCGCGGGGAAUGGGGGACUGGGCCAGCGCCUGCAGAAGUAUUACCUGAGGCCUUCUUCGGAACGUUCGUGGAUGUGGAACCGCAAUCAGGGCCAAUGA